UUACCAGGAAGUAAAGAAUUGCAGAGAAGUCUUCACUGAAUGAAGCGACAGGUAAACCCUCAAUCUCGCUUUGCACUCACUUUCUCUGAUUUUGUCGCCUGGAUUUGUCAAGAAGCUCAGCCGGAAACGACCUUAUCCUUUCCUACAGGGAAAUAAGAUGGCAGAGAAGGUGCUGGUAACAGGUGGAGCGGGCUACAUUGGGAGUCACUGUGUGUUGGAGCUCAUUGAAGCAGGCUACCAGCCAGUUGUAGUAGAUAACUUCAGUAACGCUGUGCGAGGAGAGGGGGAUGUGGCAGAGAGCAUACAAAGAAUAAAAAAGCUCCUGGACACAAACAUUGAGUUUCAUGAAUUGGACCUUCUGGACCGACCUGCCAUGGAAAAACUCUUCAAAAAGCAUUCUUUUUGUGCUGUGAUGCACUUUGCUGGCCUGAAGGCAGUUGGCGAGUCAGUGGAACAGCCAUUACGUUACUACCGCGUCAACCUCACCGCCUCCAUGAACCUACUUGAGGUGAUGCAGGCUCAUGGAGUACACAAUCUGGUCUUCAGCAGCUCAGCUACAGUAUAUGGAGAUCCCCAGCACCUCCCCAUAGAUGAGCAGCACCCUGUGGGAGGCUGCACCAACCCCUAUGGCAAGACAAAAUACUUCAUCGAGGAGAUGAUCAAGGACCACUGUAAAGCUGAGAAGGGCUGGAAUGCAGUGCUGCUGCGUUACUUCAACCCCAUUGGAGCUCAUUCCUCUGGUCUGAUUGGAGAGGACCCUCAGGGUAUUCCCAACAACCUGCUGCCAUAUGUUGCCCAGGUUGCUAUUGGUAGGAGAAAGUGUCUCAAUGUAUUUGGAAAUGACUAUAAGACAGUCGAUGGCACAGGUGUGCGUGAUUAUAUCCAUGUUGUAGAUCUGGCAAAGGGACACAUCGCAGCUCUGAAAAAGCUGAAAGAUGACUGUGGGUGCAAGGUUUACAACCUGGGAACAGGACGAGGCUACUCUGUGCUCCAGAUGGUGAAAGCAAUGGAGAAGGCAUCUGGGAGAGAGAUCCCAUACAAGAUUGCCCCCCGUAGAGGAGGAGAUGUAGCAUCUUGCUAUGCUGACCCUCAACUAGCGGAGAAGGAGCUGAGCUGGAAGGCUGAAUUUGACUUGGAUAGAAUGUGUGAGGAUCUGUGGCGCUGGCAGUCCAUGAACCCUACAGGAUUUUGCAAUGGCACAGCCUCUUGAUCCAACUCCAGCUGGUUGUUUUAAACCUUUAAUUUCUUCAUUUUUUGGUAUAAUGUUGGAUCAUUCCAGGGCCUAAACUAUCAUUUUUAUGUUUAAUUAUUUGUUCUAUAUUAAUAUUUAGUUAGUUUUUUUUUUUUUUUUUUUUUUUUAUUAACCACAGAAGAAAUGUUUAAAUAUCUGUUAUUUCAGAUUCAACAAGGGAUGUUUUCUUUAUAAAUCUAUACAUUUGUGAACCAUAAUAAUGACAGAAUAAAUGAAUUUUCUUA